CUUCGUAUAAUAGAGAUUCUUUAAUCUAAAACCCUCAAUUUUCCUUACUCAUCUCGUUGGGUGUUGUUCUAUUAGAAAACUAUUCAUCACUUUCCAUUGCUUGAGAAGGCAUAACAAUUGCAAUUUCAAACUCCUUUCAAUCUUCAAUUAUCUUUGAGAGGAAGAGUGAGCAAGACUUAUUUGUUCAGUUACAACUUGCAAGAACAAGGGAUGGAUGUUCCAAAAGAAUAUUUUUUAAAAGACUACAAGAAGCCCUCUUACUAUUGCGAUACUGUGGAAUUAAAAUUUGUUUUGAAUGAAGAUAAGACCCAUGUAUACUCAAAAAUUUCUGUCAUCCGUGCUGAUAAUGAAGCCUCUGCAUCUUCUCCCCUAGUCUUGGACGGGAGUGAUUUGAAGCUUAUCUCUGUCGAUGUUAAUGGAAAACAGCUAAACGAGGGAGAUUUUUAUGUGGAUUCUUGCCAUCUGACACUUCCAUCACCACCAACUGGUAAAUUCACAUUAGAAAUUGUUACUGAGAUAUACCCCCAAGACAACGUGUCAUUGGAGGGUUUAUACAAAUCUUCUGGAAAUUUCUCUACUCAGUGCGAAGCAGAGGGUUUCCGGAAAAUAACUUUCUUUCAGGAUCGUCCUGAUAUAAUGGCAAAAUACACCGUUCGUGUGGAAGCUGAUAAAACCAAGUAUCCUGUGUUACUGUCUAAUGGAAAUCUCAUUGGUCAAGGGGACAUUGAGGGAGGCAGGCAUUUUGCUGUUUGGGAAGACCCAAUCAAGAAGCCAUCAUAUUUGUUUGCCUUAGUUGCUGGGCGGUUAGAGAGUAGAGAUGACACAUUUGUUACUCGUUCUGGCCGCAAGGUCACUCUCAGGAUCUACACUCCUUCAGAGGACUUGCCAAAGACGACACAUGCCAUGCAUUCUCUUAAGGCAGCCAUGAAGUGGGAUGAGGAUGUUUUCGGUUUGGAGUAUGACUUGGACCUGUAUAAUAUUGUUGCCGUUCCAGACUUCAAUAUGGGAGCCAUGGAAAACAAAAGUUUGAAUAUUUUCAAUUCUAAGCUGGUUUUGGCAUCUCCAGAAACUGCCACUGAUGCAGAUUAUGCUGCUAUUCUAAGCGUUAUUGGCCAUGAGUACUUCCACAACUGGACUGGUAAUAGAGUAACAUGCCGGGACUGGUUUCAGCUCAGCCUAAAUGAAGGACUAACUGUCUUUCGUGAUCAGGAAUUUUCAUCUGACAUGGGAAGCCGUACUGUGAAGCGGAUUGCUGACGUUUCAAAGCUCCGGAAUUAUCAAUAUGCUGAGGAUUCCGGCCCUAUGGCUCAUCCUGUGAAACCACAUUCUUACAUUAAGAUAGAAACCUUGUGCACUGUCACGGUCUAUGAGAAGGGAGCAGAAGUAGUCCGGAUGUAUAAAACUUUACUGGGGAGCCAAGGAUUUCGAAAGGGUAUGGAUUUGUAUUUUGAGAGGCAUGAUGGACAAGCCGUAACUUGUGAAGAUUUUUAUGCUGCCAUGAAGGAUGCAAAUAAUGCAGAUUUUGCGAAUUUCUUGCUUUGGUACUCGCAAGCUGGCACACCAGUUGUGAAAGCCACUUCAUCUUAUGACGCUGAGAAGCACACAUUUACAUUGAAAUUUAGCCAAGAGGUGCCACCAACUCCUGGCCAGCCUGUCAAAGAGCCCAUGUUCAUUCCAGUUGCAAUGGGUUUACUAGAUUCUCAUGGCAACGACAUGCCCCUUUCGUUGGUUUCGCAUGAUGGCAAACUGGAGACACUUACUGUUGGUGGUCAGGCUGUCCACACAACUGUUCUUCGAGUAACAAAGAAGGAAGAAGAAUUUGUGUUCUCUGAGGUAUCUGAGAAACCAGUUCCUUCUUUGUUAAGGGGAUUCAGCGCACCUGUUCGUCUCGAAUCUGAUCUGUCUGAUAAUGAUAUCUUUUUCCUCCUAGCCCAUGAUUCAGAUGAAUUCAACCGUUGGGAGGCCGGACAGAUUCUGGCCAGAAAGUUGAUGCUCAGCUUAGUUGCACAUUUCCAACAAAACAAGCCUCUACUUUUAAACCCUAAAUUUGUUCAAGGGCUCAAAACCAUUCUCUGCGACAAUACUUUGGAUAAAGAAUUCAUCGUAAAGGCUAUGACUCUCCCUGGUGUGGGGGAGAUGAUGGAUAUGAUGGAAGUUGCAGACCCUGAUGCUGUUCAUGCAGUCCGAACUUUCAUCAGGAAGGAGCUUGCUUUGCAGCUCAAAACUGACUUCCUCCGCACAGUCCAAGAAAACAAGAGCUCUGAGCAAUAUGAAUUUAACCACCUUAAUAUGGCUAGACGGGCACUAAAAAACAUUUCACUUGCAUAUCUUGCAUCACUUGAAGACCCAGAAUGCACUGAGCUUGCACUGAAUGAAUACAAGACUGCAAGUAACAUGACAGAUGAAUUUGCAGCUCUAGUAGCCAUAACCCAGAAUCCUGGUAAACAUCAUGACCAAGUUUUGGCUCACUUUUAUAACAAGUGGAAGCAUGACUUUUUGGUUGUCAACAAAUGGUUUGCACUCCAAGCAAUGUCAGACGUUCCUGGCAAUGUCGAGAAUGUUAUGAAGCUACUUGACCACCCGGCAUUUGACCUUCGCAAUCCAAACAAGGUCUACUCUUUGAUUGGUGGAUUUUGCGCGUCCCCUGUAAACUUUCAUGCCAAAGAUGGAUCAGGAUACAAAUUCUUGGCAGACUUGGUGCUCCAGCUAGACAAAACAAACCCUCAGGUGACUUCAAGGAUGGUGUCCGCUUUCUCUGGUUGGAGACGUUAUGAUGAAACCCGUCAGAAGCUUGCAAAGGCACAGCUGGAAAUGAUUAUGUCUACAAAUGGAAUAUCUGCAAAUGUUUUUGAGAUUGUUUCCAAGAGUUUGGCAGCUUGAUAAUUUUAAUCCUAGAAUACUGGUUGAUGUUCUUUUACUACAAAACUAGCUUAGCCCCGUUAUUCCUAUAUUAUAUUAUUUUUAUUAUUUCGUAGCUAUUAAAAAUUAGUAUUUUGUAAGUUUUGAUUUUUCAUAAUGACUUUUGAGGGAUAAAAAGGAGGGAGUUUAAUAAUUUAA